UAUACUUAUGCCAUAAUGUAACAUAUGCACUAUUUUAUAGAAACGUGUUUGAAGCUCUCUGCACUGGAGAAAUGAAAGCCCCAUUCGGCUUGACAAUAAUGAGAGACGUAUCGAUAGCAAAGUCAGAAUUUGUAGCAGGAAAAAAGGCUAUUACUAAAAUUCAAAACUUUCAAAAUGUGCCAGAGUUGAUGGAGUAUUGUGCUCUUCCUGAGGUUACUAAGUACGCUAAAGCUUUCAUUGGUCCAAAUAUUAUGGCUAUGCAUACCAUGUUGAUUAACAAACCUCCAGAUCCAGGCACAAAAAGUUCCCGUCAUCCAAUGCACCAAGACCUGUACUACUUCCCGUUUCGCCCAGCUGAGAGGAUCGUCUGUUCGUGGACAGCCAUGGAGAAAGUUCAUCGUAAAAAUGGAUGUCUGGUGGUAUUACCAGGGACUCACCGAGGGGAAAUGUUAGAACAUGGAUACCCAAAAUGGGAGGGUGGUGUAAAUAAGAUGUACCAUGGCAUAUUAGACUAUUCGCCCGACCAACCACGUGUUCAUUUGGAAAUGGAAGCAGGAGACACUGUGUUCUUCCAUCCUUUGCUGAUCCAUGGAUCUGGAAUGAAUCGUACUGAUGGUUUCAGAAAGUCCAUCUCCUGUCACUAUGCCAGUUCAGAUUGCCAGUAUAUCGAUACAUCUGGUUCUAUUCAGGACUUUAUUUCCGAUGAAAUGACAAGCUUAGUUAAUGACAGAAUGAAGAAGAGAGGAAUUAAGGACUAUAAAAUCACGUUUGCAGACAUAUGGAGAAUGAAAGGUCGCCUUGUGCAUGGAAGAGAAGGAACUCUGACCUAAACCAGCAAGUAACAACGUAUCCAAACAAACAAGGAGUCUAGCUUUGAAUUUCUAAAAUUAAAGUGUAUAUACGAGUUCAUUAAAUCUAAAAUCUACUGUAGCCAGUAUGCCUGAAAACAAUACUAUUUGCAAUAUUCGUAGAUAUGUAUGUUAUACUUGCAGACCAAAUCAUCGCAGAUAAUCUCAAAUCUUUUAGUAUUAAAAGAACAACGCAAUGCAGUUGUGGAUAUGAACAAUGUAAACUAAUUGUUAUUCACAAUGUAUAUAAUGUCAUUUACACUUAAAUUUCAACAAAUUUAAUGCAUAUUUGGAUGAUGUAUAUUGUGCAAUAUGGUAAAUGUACUAUGUAUUUCAUCAUAUGCUUACAGGGAAUACAGCGUACAGAUCUAAUACAAGUAAAAAAACAUGAAUUGAUAGUGGAGAAUAAUUCACCCAUAUGUACACAUUCACGGGGCUGUGUAGUGCAGUGCACACACACAUACACACAUUUCCUUUAUUGAAAUGAAUGAUAUUCUUGGAUAUGUAUGUAAUUUUUGCACACCAAAUGCAUUGAAUGUAAGGGUGAUAUAAUUAUUGGAAAUGUACUUUAUUGUAAUAAAACAAUGUUUAACGA